UAUUUUUACUUUCUCCUCUGAAAAACAAAUAGAAAUGAGAAUUAUUGUUAAGGGAGGGGUGUGGAGAAACACAGAAGAUGAAAUACUUAAAGCGGCUGUUAUGAAAUAUGGAAAAAAUCAAUGGUCUCGAAUAGCAUCCCUACUCUCUCGUAAGUCGGCUAAGCAAUGUAAAGAGCGCUGGUACUCUUGGCUGGAUCCUAGUAUCAAAAAGACGGAGUGGAGUCGAGAAGAAGAAGAGAAGUUGCUCCAUUUAGCUAAGAUUUUUCCCACUCAAUGGCCCACUAUAGCCCCCUUAGUUGGUCGUACGCCGGCACAGUGUUUGCAACACUAUGAGAAGCUUUUAUCAGCCGCCCAAGGAAUUGACGAUGAAAGUGAGUUAAAAAAAUUAAGGCCAGGUGAAGUUGAUGUUAAUGCAGCGCAGAAACCUGCUCGUCCAGAUCCCAUUGACAUGGAUGAAGACGAAAAGGAAAUGCUCUCGGAAGCCCGUGCACGCAUGGCGAAUACUGUAGGAAAGAAGGCUAAAAGGAAAGCGCGAGAGAAACAACUGCAGGAAGCUCGGCGUUUAGCUGCUUUUCAGCGUCGUAGAGAGCUCCGUGCCGCUGGAAUCGAUGUUGUUUUGGAACCAAAAUUUAGACAUCGUGGUGUCGACUAUAACGCGGAGAUUCCCUUUCAAAGGAAAGAGCCUUUGGGAUUUUACGAUACUUCUGCGGAGAAAAUAAAAGAGAAGGAGAAAGAAAUAUUUAGACCGAAAAGUUUGCAAGAAAUUGAAGGUUUGAGGCGAGAAGAUGAAGAAGAACGCGCCAGAAAAAAAGAUAAAGAAAAGCUUAAAAAGAAGAAAGAUGAAAAUAUUCCAACGCUUUGGAAUAAAACUGCCAAUUACCAGCCAAAGCGAAGUAAACUUGUGCUUCCGAGCCCUCAAGUUACCGAUUCUGAACUUGAAGAAAUUGUUAAAAUUGGGCAAACUUCAGAACAGGCUAAAGAACUACUUGAUCCCGAACUUGAUUCCGCUUCGUCCGACCUUAUAGGCGAAUAUUCGAUCACCUCUUCCGCUGUUCAAUCUCUGCGCACGCCCAUGUUGCGAGAGGAAGAUGAUAGACUUAUUCAAGAUGCAAAGUACUUACUUGCUCUUAACGAGCAGCAGACGCCCUUGCUGGCCGGCAGAGAAGGCUACAUGCCCAUUGCAGAUUUUGACGACACCAUUGGAGCGCCGAGGCAUCAGGUUGUUCAAACCCCAAACACCGUGCUGAAGACACCUGCGCGGCCCUCGCAAUUCGGAAGUACGCCCGCCCGGUCCUCCAAGGAAUUUCAUACCUAUACUCCUGCACGUGAUAAUUUGGGCAUCAAUCAAUUUCCUUCAGUCGGCGCCCAGCACGUGCUUAAAAAGAACUCGUUACUUCAGGGGCUGCGCAGCUUGCCUGCUCCAAAGAAUGAUUAUGAAAUAGUAGUUCCAGAGAUCGUUGAAGAUGUUGAAGAAGCUAAUGAAGCAAAGUCAUUGGACGCUUCUGAGCUUCUUGCCCAAUCGGCAGCUUUACAAGCUGAAGAAGAGGCCAAAGCAUUGUCCCAUUGCUCGAGUGCACUGAGGCGCUGCCUUCCGCGCCCAUCUGUGGUUAACAAGAACUACUUGAAGGCGGAUGCGGCCACUCAUCUCACUCCUCUUCAAGCUGCCGACGAGCUCCUCAAGCAGGAAGUGCUGGUUCUCCAGCAAUACGAUGUGUAUAAGAGUCCGCCUGUUAACUUGAAGAAGCCACCGGCCUCCCCCAAGCUUAACUUUUUCACUGACGAUGAAUUAAAUAAAGCAAAAGAAGUGUUGCGAAACGAGAUGUCUCUCGUCAAGUAUGGCAUGAAUCAUAAAGAAGUAGACAUGGAAACUUACUCAAAACUUUGGGAAGAGUGUAAAGAAGAUAUAACUUUUGUCCCUUCACAACGCCGUUAUGCACGUGCCUCCUUUGUUUCCGCCAACGAUAAGCUUGCUGCUCUUGAAGAUGAAUUUCAGUUUAUAAGUAAACUGUUAUCGAAAGAAGGUCUGAAAAAAGCGAGCCGCCUCGAAAGUAAAGUCAAGACACUCACCAUUGGCUACCAGAAACGAGAAGACUUACUAUGCAAAGAAAUCAAAAAGAAAAGUGACCGGAUAGAACUCGCCAUUACAGAGCUGAAAUGCUACAAAGCUUUGAGAGCCACCGAGCUUGUGGGAAUUUCUUAUAGAAUUAACGCGCUGCUCGAGGAAGUUAAGAAGCAAAAUUUAUAUGAAGAUGAACUACAAAAUCGUUAUAAGAAUUUAUGUGACCAACGGGCCGUGCUGCUUGCCUUACUGGCUAAGUAAAUUUUCUCUGCCAUAGAUUUUUG